UCUGUCAUGGCGCACUGAGCAUCAAAAUACUUCCUGCAGUAAACAUCGGUGUGCCGACGACUAUAGAUAGUGUGAUCGGCCUCGUGAAAACAAUCAGCGAUCGUUGAAACCUCGACAUUUAACAUUACGCCGUUUCAUUAAGAUAGAUGAUAUCUGGCAAUUGACGACCCCUAUCACGUGACUGUCAUCGCAGUGUUGUCACAGUAUGUGACCAUGCCCUAUGUAGACAAGUCCGGCAGAACAUGUGGUUUUCUCAAUAUUGAGGAGAUCGAAAAUAGCGGCAGUUUUAUACGGAGAUACUUCCUACUCGAUCAAAACAAUGAACGUUUGCUGUACUACAUGGACAACCCCAAUAACCUGCCUGCAACAUGGAGGAAUACGGUGGGGGAAAUAUUCCUACAGUAUGUGUCCAAGGUAAGCGAUGGGAAGAAGCUUCGGCCUAAGGUCAGCAACUGUUUUGUCAUCAAUGUGGCUGGGCGCCGGUAUUUUAUGGAGGCAGAAGAUGAAGAUGACAAAACAGAAUGGAUAGAGGCCCUCAACAACGCCAGCAAGAUCACGGUCCCUCAGGAUGAUGCAGUCAAGAACCUGCGCACAACAGAAUGGCAGGCACGCGACCUAAGUCAGAAGUCCUAUGUGACCGAGAUCGCUGGCGGUGUGGUGUGUAAGAUGCCAGUGCAGACUGGCGAGGAUGUGUCUGGUGAGAGCAGUAGUGAGGAUGAGGAGUCCACGAGUCGGUCCUCCUCCUCCGGACGUGUCUCCCCUUCCAACUCGCUUUGUCGUACCCUCGGUGAGGCCCCUCGGACAACUUCCUCAAGGGGGAGCACGUCGCUGAAGGCAGGGUACGGGGUCAAGCAGGGGGCAGUUAGAAAAAGUUGGAAAAGACGUUUUUUCCUUCUCCAUGAAAAUGGAUUUAGCUAUUAUAGGAAUGAACAGGACAAAAGCCCGAUUCGUACAGUUCCAGUGUCUGAAAUUUUAGAAGCCAGACAAUCAUCAGGUGCUCAUGUAAACAGGGAUAAUUUAUUUGAACUCAUCACAUCAAAACGGAUAUUUUAUGUACAAUGUGAUACACCCGACGAAAUGCUCAGCUGGAUUGAUGCCAUUCGUUCGCUGCUCCGGAGUCGAAAGAUGGAAGAACGAAAGUCUAUGCAAGAUACAGAAACCCACCAAACACUAGAAGAUGACAUCUGUGGCAAGACUUACCCCAAGGAAGUGUGGCUGCGUGAUCGACUUGGUGGAGAAGUUGGUGGGCGUGGCAAGUUACGGAAGAAGAACUGGAUGUUCUGGUGACAGGAAGUGACGUCAGCUUCACCAUGGAGUCUUCACCUCUUGCAUUCAUCACAGGGUUUGGACCUGGUGGAUACUGUCAUAGUGCUUUUGGCCCACAGUGUAUACAAUAUUGGCUUGACCUUGAUAUGACUAAUACCAUCAUUACAUAUUUUUAGUGUUUGUAUAAUGAAAAGAGGACUAUGAAUUCUUGUUACAUUUAAACUGACAUAUCCUUUUCUUAAAUGUUCAAGGGACAAUGUUAUGUAUCACAACUACCACAAAUGGACUGUUUGUGUUGUGUCCAGUCUAGACUGACAGUAGGGCCAGGUGCCUGUGUCCAGUCUAGACUGACAGUAGGGCCAGGUGCCUGAGGCCAGUCUAGACUGAAUGUAGUGCCUGUGUUCAUUUUAGAAUGACAGUAGGGCCAGGUGCCUAUGUCCAGUCUAGACUGACAGUAGGGACAGGUGCCUGUGUCCAGUCUAGACUGACAGUAGGGCCAGGUGCCUGUGUCCAGUCUAGACUGACAGUAGGGCCAGGUGCCUUUGUCCAGUCUAGACUGAAUGUAGUGCCUGUGUCCAGUCUAGACUGACAGUAGGGCCAGGUGCCUGUGUCCAGUCUAGACUGACAGUAGGGCCAGGUGCCUGUGUCCAGUCUAGACUGACAAUAGGGCCAGGUGCCUGUGUCCAGUCUAGACUGACAGUAGGGCCAGGUGCCUGUGUCCAGUCUAGACUGACAGUAGGGCCAGGUGCCUGUGUCCAGUCUAGACUGACAGUAGGGCCAGGUGCCUGUGUCCAGUCUAGACUGACAGUAGGGCCAGGUGCCUGUGUCCAGUCUAGACUGACAGUAGGGCUAGGUGCCUGUGUCCAGUCUAGACUGACAGUAGGGCCAGGUGCCUGUGUCCAGUCUAGACUGAAUGUAGUGCCUGUGUUCAUUCUAGACUGACAGUAGGGCUAGGUGCCUGUGUCCAGUCUAGACUGACAGUAGGGACAGGUGCCUGUGUCCAGUCUAGACUGACAGUAGGGCCAGGUGCCUGUGUCCAGUCUAGACUAAAUGUAUUGCCUGUGUCCAGUCUAGACUGACAGUAGGGCUAGGUGCCUUUGUCCAGUCUAGACUGACAGUAGGGCCAGGUGCCUGUGUCCAGUCUAGACUGACAGUAGGGCCUGUGUCCAGUCUAGACUGAAUGUCGUGCCUGUGUCCAGUCUAGACUGACAGUAGGGCCAGGUGCCUGUGUCCAGUCUAGACUGAAUGUAGUGCCUGUGUCCAGUCUAGACUGACAGUCGGGCCUGGUUUCAUCUACAACAUAGUCAGGUCACAGGAAGUAGAUGGUGCUAGCAGCUAGCCUCACUUUCAACUAAAACUUAGGUCACAGGAAGUAGAUGGUGCUAGCAGCUAGCCUAACUUUCAACUAAAACAUAGGUCACAGGAAGUAGAUGGUGCUAGCAGCUAGCUUCACUUUCAACUAAAACAUAGGUCACAGGAAGUAGAUGGUGCCAGCAGCAAGCCUCACUAUCAUCUAAAAUAAAGAUUGAUCAACCCCCAGAUUCCUGAUUGAAGGAGAAAUCCCAGGGUUAGGCAGAUAUUGUUUGUGUCUGUAGCCUACUCUGUGCAAUUUUAUUACCAGCAUUUGUGAGACGAUAUACUGAAACUUAUAUACAGUAUCAUCAGUUGCUUAUGACCGUUCUCAGCUAAUAAUAGCCAAUAUGUAUACAAACAAAUCUGCUGAAAAUAUGUCAAGAGUUCUGACUCGUAGGCAAAAUUGUUUUUGACACACACUACCAUUUUUGUGGUGCCAUUCACAGAUCAUCAGCCUCUUGAUGGAAGAAGUGUAAUUAUCAGCAUUGUUAGUGGAUGAAUUAAUGUCCAUCAUAAAGCCUUUCAAUCUUGUUGGGGAAAGCAAAUACCUCCCUAUUGAAAUCACUGACACUGAUGACAUCAGCAUGUCCCACCGGGUACCCACUGUUGCCAUGCCUCCCCUUGUGACCUGACAAGCAGUCCACCAAUGCUGUGAUAAGGCAUGCAUAAAACUGUUGAGCUUCCAUUGCCCAAACAACAUUAAAUUUUGGUGUUUACUCAAACAUUGUAUUGACAUACCUACCAAAUAUUUGGCAGUAAGAAUGUUUGCACUGUAUUGGGCUUGUUUUGUGAAAGAAAAACAAUGUUUAUGUUAAAGUUGCAUACCAUCAACCGCGCCUAAGUGGAAAUAGGAGUGAAUAGAACCACAACCUUUAUUCUCGGGCUACGGCCUUCCAUUUGGCUCAACUGGCCACAGACCAAAAAAGCUUGUUCAGUGGCAGUGUCUGGCAUCCAGUAUCUGGGCAAUGUCCUAGUUUGCUGUUCCAGAUGAUAACCAAAACAAAUAUUGAUCAAGUCAGUUUGUACACAUAAACCACACAGGUUGUCAGGGUUUCUGGUAGUCAUGGAUCACUUGGAUCACUUGCAUGGCUGUGGCUUCAGUAGUGACAAGACAGGAUGACAAUCUGUAAACCAGUUGAGCACAGUUCUCAUUAUCAGACUUUCUACAUCCCGGCUUUGUAGUUUCUUCUUGUACCUCAUUCCCCUCAAUCCCCACUCCUCCCAUCCCCCACCCCGAACACCCACUCUCCUUCCAUCCCUCACCCUGAACACCCACACACCUUCCAUCCCCAACCCUGAACACCCACACUCCUUCCAUCCCCCACUCUGAACACCCACACUCCUUCCAUGAUCCAUUCCCCCACACUCCUCCCAUCCCCCACCCCGAACACCCACACUCCUUCCAUCCUUCACCCCGAACACCCACACUUCUCCCAUCCCCCACCCCGAACACCCACACUCCUUCCAUCCCUCACCCCGAACACCCAUGCUCCUUCCAUCCCCCACCCUGAACACCCACGCUCCUUCCAUCCCCCACCCCAAACACCAACACUCCUUCCAUCCCCCACCCUGAACACCCACACUCCUUCCAUGAUCCAUUCCCCCACCCCGAACACCCACGCUCCUUCCAUCCCCCUCCCCGACCACCCACACCCCAAACAUCCACACUCCUCCCAUCCCUCACCCUGAACACCCACACUCCUUCCAUUCCCCACCCUGAACACCCACACUCCUUCCAUGAUCCAUUCCCCCACCCUGAACACCCACACUCCUCCCAUUCCCCACCCCGAACACCCACACUCCUUCCAUGAUCCAUGCCCCACCCUGAAUACCCACACUCCUUCCAUCCCCAACCCCAAACACCAACGCCCAAUCUUUUGCUCACAGAAUAUUUGAGAUUGUUAUUCCAGAGCUAUAUUGUACAAACAAAAUCUUGCUAUUUUCCCACUGCAUGAUGGAUUACAGAGUUACAUCAGUAAUACUCACCACACAAUGAAUAUUGUCCUAUAAGUGGACAGAUGAUUGUUUGAAUGCUUGUUGUUGCCUCAUUGACAGCUUAUAUAUGAUUCAAGGGUAUUGACCACCUUUUCAGUCUUUUUGUCUUUCCCAUAAUAUUUUUGUUCCAAAAUUAUUCAUUUUGAACAAUCAUUUGUAAUGUGAUGUAGUGGCAUCAAUCCUUGCAUUUUCUUCAUUUUGUGAAGUUUUAUUCAGAUUUACACAAAUGAAGAAAAGGAAAUGCUGUUGCAAAUAAUGAAUUUUAAUGACAAUAUGGUGCAUGAAGCCAUUGCACAGAUUUUCUUCAUGGAAGAACUGGUUUGCAGUUCAUCUUUAAAAUGGUUCAGCUUCAUGAGAAUAGGGUUCCUAUUCAUUGUCUGUACUUCCCAAGACGUUCCUCCAUCACCAGUGAAGGGGGCACGGGUGGCCCAGUCGUCUAAGGCGCCGCGAUUCACUGUGCAGAGUUGCGUUCCUUGGCACACCAGAAACCUAUGAUUGUGGGUUCGAAUCCCAGA